GUGUGUGUGUGUGUGUGUGUGGUAUCUUUGUCGCGGGGAAACGUGUUUUGAUUAAUAUUUGGGGGUUUGCAAACGCGGCGAAACUCUCAAGAAAAGUUCAAACUUCUUUCAAUAGUAUUUGUCUUUAAAACUGCAACUAACAGUUAUUUCCAGAGUUCAUAUUAAUUAUUUCCCAGAUCCCAAGAUGAUGUCAUGAAAUACCUCGUCAGGUCCAACCAGCAGUCCAAAACCUACAAAUAUUCAACUUAGCCUGUAAAUAUGCAAGACAUUUUUGGGGUGAUUUUAUUUUACAUUAAAUAAUAAUCAGAUAUAUUUUCGGUGAAUCGUUGCAGCUGUGUUUAUAUUUGUAUUUAACACUUCUGGUGCAAACAAAGACAUUAAUCAAUCUUUUAAAAUAAUUUUCUGAACACGCACAACAUGCAUUUCUCUGCUUGUGUCGCUGCACUUUCUCCACAUGUCGAUGCAUGUCUGUGUUUUGCGUAAAAGCACAACAUGUUAUUCCCUUUAUUAUGUUAAUUAUUAUACAAGCACCUCUGGUUAUAUAUUUUCUUUCCUGUUAUGUGAGUUCUUAAAGAGGCAGCUGGCCAUCAAAUGCCUUCAGUAGACUGGAUGAUGCUGCAGAAAUAAAGACAAAGAGGCAUCCCCCCCCAGUGCUGCUCGGCUCGCCUCAACCUGGCCUUCCUGAUGUUCUCGGGGUUCGCCGUGGUCUACGGUCUCCGUGUGAACCUCAGCGUUGCCAUGGUAGCCAUGGUGAACAGUACCGACCCCGAGCCGUCCCAGAACCGCUCCGUGAUCUACGCCUGUCCGUUGCCAGCCGGGUCGGACAACACCAGUGACCCUUUCCCUCAACAUCAGGGGAUCCCCCAGUACCCGUGGGACUCGGAGACUCAGGGCUGGAUGCUGGGGGCCUUUUUCUUCGGCUACCUGUGCACGCAGAUCCCGGGUGGCUACCUGUCGGACCACUACGGGGGGAGUGUCUUCCUGGGUCUGGGAGUGCUGGGCACCGCUGCCCUCACGCUGCUCACCCCUCUGGCCGCCAAGAUGGGCUCUUACUGGCUGUUUGCACUGCGAGCGUUGGAAGGCUUUGUGGAGGGCGUGACGUUCCCCGCCAUGAUGUCCAUGUGGGCUCGGUGGGCUCCUCCUCUGGAGCGCUCUCGCCUGAUGACCCUGUCGGGGGCCGGGGGCAACUUCGGGGCCUUCGUGACUCUGCCGCUCACCGGCUACCUCUGCCAGACAUUGGGCUGGCCCGCUGUCUUCUACCUCUGCGGGGGGGCUGGGUGUCUGUGGGCGGUCUUCUGGUUUGCGUUUGUGGCCGACGACCCUCGCACGCACCGUCGAAUCAGCAAAGAGGAGAGAGAUUACAUCAUCAACUCCAUCGGGGCUCAGGGCACCGGUCACGGCUGGUCCGUCCCCGUGCUGCCCAUGCUGCUGUCGGUCCCCCUGUGGGCCAUCAUCGUCACCCAGAUGUGCUCCAACUGGUCCUACUACACCAUGCUCACCUCCCUGCCCACGUACAUGAACGACAUCAUGCACUUCGACAUCAAAUCCAACGGGUUCCUCUCCGCUCUGCCGUACCUCGGCGCCUGGCUGUUCUCCACGCUGUCGGGCGUCGCGGCCGACGGCCUCAUCGAGAGGAAGGUGUUCAGCAUCACCGUCGUACGCAAGCUCUUCACACUCGUAGGCCUGCUGGCCGCCGCAGCUUUCCUCGUGGCCGUGGCGUACGCCGGCUGCAGCCACGUCCUCACCGUCACCUUCCUCACCCUCUCCAUGACCAUCGGAGGGACCACCGCCUCCGGAGUCUACAUGAACCAGAUCGACAUCGCCCCACGGUACGCAGGACUCCUUCUGGGAAUCACCAACACAUUCGGGACCAUCCCUGGAAUCUUGGCACCCAUCGCUACCGGAUACUUUACGGAGGAUCGCACCAUGGCGGGCUGGAGGAAGGUGUUCUGGUUGGCAGCCGGGCUCAACGUCGCCGGGGCGCUCGUCUACACAGUGUUCGGCAGCGGGAAGAUCCAGCCGUGGGCCGGCGCCCUGGACGACGGCGCGGAGGCUGAGCAAGACCGGAGCGGGUCCAUCUCCACGUGAAUCCAGAAUAUCUGUCACUAACAGAAGUGGCCGACGCAGGACAGCUUCUAUCCACAGUUGGGACGGAGAUUAAUACCUCUUUAAAUGUAUGAACACGAGAGGAAACAUCGACGCGGUAUUCACAGGGGUCCAAUAUAAAGCGUGUGAGAGGUGUACGGACAUCAUUAUCAGUGGAGAACAGAUUUUAUAUUAGGGGACCGGGAACGUUUGAGCAGGAAUAAUCUGAAUGUUUGGGAUUCUUAUUAGGUUUUUUAAUCUAUAACAUCCUGGUGGAGAGUUUGUGAGCAUUUGAAUUUAUUUGAGUAACUUUUCCAGCAAAGAGAUGCUCAUUAUAGUAGUUUGUCAUAUUUUUCCAGGAGAAAAAGAACAAAAGCCUGCUGGAUAUUCAAUCAGGAAAAUGUGAAUAGUUUAUUGUUGUCGAAGCUCACAGCAGCCUUGUUUUAGAUCCAGCUGUUAAGACAAAUACUUACAUCACAACCACUUAUUCUUGCAUUUUACAUAUGACUAUAUGGACUAUGCGGCACCUCAGAUUGAAUGUGAACAAAUCAAUUUGUUUACUUGUGUUGAAUGUUUAUUGUUUUUUUCCCGAGCUGUAAACGGGAGCGAUUAUAUUCCAUAAGUCUUUUAAAGUUUUAUUCACCUUUCAGCCGCCUUGUUCACAGCGGCGUCUCUUUCCUGACCCGCAGACUAGCGGGAACCAAAGAAGCACUUUCAUCAUAAAAUACAAAAAGAGCCUUAUAUGUGAUAACGGUACCAAUAUUUUUGCUAAAUAUUCUUUCUCGGAGAUUUUUUUAAUCUUUAGAAAUACUUGUUUCUUUAGUCUAAUCCAGAAAAGAACCAAAGCACCUUCUCUUGCCAAGAUUGUGAUAUGUUGUUGUUAAAGUGCCAUGAACCGAGACUUAAAUCUCACAGUUACAACGAUAACGGUUGUUUUUAUAAACACACGACUCAACCGGUCUUUCUCUCACGCCUUCUGUAAACUGCAAUUGUAAAUAUAUAUACGUUUUUAAACAGAUGCAAUAAUGUGUUCACCUUCUCUGGGCUUUGGAAAUGUGUGAGGUUUUACAAAAUAUAUGAAAUGUGUCUUAAUUUAUAUUUUUUAGUGGGAAGAAUCACGUCUGUCUUACUGAGCAAAAAUAAACAUAUGUGGGAUAUGAAUGGA